AUGGCAGAGGAAGAUCUUAUCUUCCGCUUGGAGGGAGUUGAUGGCAGCCAGACCGGCCACAACGGGGAAACUGAUGCAGACAGUGAUGACGAGGAAGGUUUCUUUAUCUGCCCCAUCACCGAGGACCCGAGAACUCAUCAGAAUGCUAAUGUCAAGGCUGAUCUCUACUGCAGUAACAGAAUGAAAACUGAGUCCUACGGCUCCAUCGGGUCCCCUGGCAGUUCCUUCCACUUUAAGGAAGCCUGGAAGCAUGCAAUCGAGAAGGCCAAGCACAUGCCGGAUCCCUGGGCUGAGUUCCAUUUGGAGGACAUUCCCACGGAAAAUGCCAAGCGUCACAGGUACAAUGCAGUGACUGGGGAGUGGCUGGAAGAUGAAGUUCUGAUCAAGAUGGCAGCUCAGCCCUUCGGCCGUGGAGCUAUGCGGGAGUGUUUCCGGACGAAGAAGCUUUCUAACUUCCUGCACACCCAGCAGUGGAAAGGGGCAUCCAACUACGUGGCCAAGCGCUACAUCGAGUCUGUGGACAGGGACGUGUACUUUGAGGACGUGCGGCUGCAGAUGGAGGCCAAGCUCUGGGGAGAGGAGUACAAUCGGCACAAGCCCCCCAAACAGGUGGACAUCAUGCAGAUGUGCGUGGUGGAGCUGACGGGGAGGCCCGGCCGGCCCCUGUUCCACCUGGAGCAUUACAUCGAGGGCAAGUACAUCAAGUACAACUCCAACUCGGGCUUUGUCCGCGACGACAACGUGCGCCUGACCCCACAGGCCUUCAGCCACUUCACGUUUGAACGCUCGGGCCAUCAGCUGAUCGUGGUGGACAUCCAGGGUGUGGGCGACCUCUACACCGACCCGCAGAUCCACACCGAGACGGGCACUGACUUCGGAGACGGCAACCUGGGUGUCCGGGGCAUGGCGCUCUUCUUCCACUCUCACGCCUGCAACCGCAUCUGCCAAAGCAUGGGCCUGGCGCCCUUUGACCUGUCGCCCAGGGAGAGGGACGCGGUGAACCAGAGCACCGAGUUGCUGCAAUCAGCAAAGACCAUCUUGAGGGGGACCGAGGAAAAGUGUGGGAGCCCCCGCAUCAGGACUCUCUCUGGGAGCCGGCCCCCACUGCUCGGGCGCCUUUCAGAGACCUCUGGAGACGAGAACUUGAGUGACGUGACCUUUGACUCUCUGCCUUCUUCCCCAUCUGUGGCCACCCCCUACGGCCAGAAGCUGGACCAGCUCCACUGGCCUGCGUUCAGCGACCUGGAUAACCUGGCACCCCAUGACCAGGAGGACCUUGACAACCACCGGGAUUCUGAAAACAGCGGGGACAGUGGAUACCCCAGUGAGAAGCGGGGUGAGCUCGAUGACCUGGAGCCCCGAGAACACGGUCCCACAAAUGGCCAUCGGAGGUCCGAGUCAGACGAAGACAGCCUGGGCAGCUCAGGGCGGGUCAGCGUGGAGAAGUGGAACCUCCUCAACUCCUCCCGCCGGCACCUGCCCCGGCCCUCCGCUGUUGGCCUGGAGCUGCAGAGGCUGAGCGCUCUGGACCUGGAGAGGAAGAUCGGGAAGUCCAUUUUGGGGAAGGUCCACCUGGCCUUGGUGCGCUACCACGAGGGUGGCCGCUUCUGCCCCAAGGACGAGCCGUGGGACCGCGAGGCGGCUGUGUUCCACCUGGAGCAGGCGGCCAACCUGGGCGAGCUGGAGGCCAUCGUCGCCCUGGGCCUCAUGUGUGCGCAGCUGCCGCACCAUCUCCUGGCCGAUGUCUCUCUGCAGGAGACGGAAGAGAAUAAAACCAAAGGCUUUGACUACUUACUGAAGGCGGCGGAGGCUGGCGACCGGCAGUCUAUGAUCCUGGUCGCACGCGCUUUCGACACGGGCGAGAACCUGGGCCCAGACAGGUCCCGGGACUGGCGAGAAGCUCUUCAUUGGUACCACACUGCCCUGGAGACCACCGACUGUGAUGAAGGUGGCGAGUAUGAUGGGAUGCAAGAUGAGCCCCGGUACGCCCUGCUGGCCAGGGAGGCAGAAAUGCUGUCUACUGGGGGCUGCGGGCUGCAGAAAGAUGCCCAGAAAUCAGGUGACUUGUACACGCAGGCAGCAGAGGCUGCGAUGGAAGCCAUGAAGGGUCGGCUGGCCAACCAGUACUACCAGAAGGCGGAGGAGGCCUGGGCCCAGAUGGAGGAGUAACUGGCCAAUAGAACCGCUGCCUGCUGGGCCCAAGUCGCAGGCAAGGAAGAGGGAAAACAAGAAAGACUGAGUUAUCGACUGGGUUUG